GUCACUAGCAGCUAGAUGGUCUUAUGAUCCAAUAUCAAGACCAACAUUCGUUCAUUCAGACAACCAAGGAACCGAAACCACCAUCAUUAGGCCAACCGCCCACCAACAACAACGAUAACAACGCAUUGUACAGUACACUUACUAGUAUACUUAAUUUAUAAAACGAAAGGGAAACGACAAACCUUCCAGGUAGUUCGAAAGAAACGUAACCGAAGUCGGUAACUAGGUCAGUUUAUAUAUCGGAGUGAGAGAGUCACUGGCCGCAAUAGACUGACGGGUGGCUAUUGGUUAAAGACAUCGAUAACGACAACGAUAAUGGACCCAACUAUGAUGGCCUCCCAGAUGGGACCUACGCCUUUCUUCUACUACACGCCAGACCCCAACCCAGAGAACCGGCACCACGGCCACUUCAGCCAGCAGCCUGGAUUUCAACAGAUGCAGCAACAUCAGGUAUUCCCAGUGGUACCUACACUGCCGUCGACGCCGAUCUACUCGAGGCCGAACUCGGCUUGCUCGCAACAACCUUUCCCGAACAAGAUGUACAGCACAGUCCCGAGCAACAUAACUCCGAUGGCGUCGCCUCAGACUGCGCAGCGACCUGGGAUUCUAGUGCACACUCAACCUUCGAAGUUGAUGCUCGAGACGGAGCUUUGCGAUAACGACGGGUUCUACUAUCCGGCCACGCCUCCCUUGUCAACGUCGGGUAGCUCCAUGGGUAGUCCAUGCAACUCGAACGAUAUGUUAGCCACACCGCUCAACCCCAUGUUCUCUGGAUUGGACGGAUGCGAGAUGGUCAAGCCGGAAGUCGAGACCAUACCUGAAAGCCUCGAGAACUUGGAUUGGGCUAACUGUGGCUCACCACCUCUAACACCUGUCUACCUCCAAGCUCAGACCCAAUCAGCAAAUCAGAUUCAGGUCCAAUCACCUAAUUCUAGCUUUUCAAGCGACCAUCUAUCACCAACGUCCUGUCCAUCAUUAUCACCUUCGCCAUCGCCUUACGCACGAUCUGUUACAUCAGAGCAAGACGUGGAUUCCACCUUCUGUGAUCCCCGGAACUUGACAGUUGGCGGUGUAUCCAACCCCACAUUGGCGCCCGAGUUUUCUGCCCCUGUCGCGUUAGAGGAAUUCAGGGGUGACUCUCUACCAAAACAAUCCCUCCCUGCCUCCUUCGAUUUUAAUCAGGAGCUUCACCACGGUCUACCUGCCUUUGAGGAUAUUGAUGACCUUGAAUCAGAAGACGACUUUGUCAAUCGUCUAUGCAAUAUUGGCGAGCAAUCAAGUGCUGAUAUCAAGAGGUCACGUUCUGCUACUUGCUCUACAACUUUAUCGCUUGGUAACGAGUCGUUCUUGGGUGAGAGUGACUUCGACGGUGACGACACCGCCUCUUGUGACGCGACUGGGUUCUCCAGCUACACCUCAUCGGACUCAGAUUCUCACAAAGACAAGAAGAUAAAGAAGUGCAAAAAGGAGUCGCGAAAGGCUGCGCCCAUCAUGAACGUUGCUGCCGACUCCAACUCUGCUCAGGGUGGUGAGCAGGACCAGCAACAACAUCACCACAGCUACAGUCACACCGAAGCAGACGACAGCAACAACGUUGGAUCACCCGAGGGGUCGAAUGCGCAAACGCCACUACCUGCUCCACCCAACCGCCGAGGUCGCAAGCAAUCAUUAACAGAGGAUCCCAGCAAGACUUUCGUCUGCGAGCUCUGCAACCGUCGCUUCCGCCGACAAGAGCACCUGAAGCGACACUAUCGCUCUCUACACACGCAAGAGAAGCCUUUCGAGUGCCAUGAGUGUGGAAAGAAGUUCUCCCGAAGCGACAAUCUAUCGCAGCACGCGCGAACUCACGGCAGCGGGGCCAUCGUUAUGAAUCUCAUCGACGCGAGUGAGGAAGGCCUCGAAUUGAUGCCGCCUGGCGAGCCCGACUACGCCAACUUUGGGAAGGUGCUAUUCCAAGUCGCCUCCGAAGUCCCCGGUAGCUCUAGCGACCUCUCCUCAGACGAGUCGCCUAGUGAGGGUCAGGGCAAGAAGAAGCGUAAGCGAUCUGACUAAAUCAUCGGAUUUUUUCAGGUUGGAGAUCAGAUAUACCCCGUCGAGGAUCCACGACAGAUCUCUUGGCGUACGCCCCUAAUGACAUAAUGAAUUUCUCACAUUCGACCUAGCCUAGCCAGCUUCAUUUACGCGGAUCAGGUCACUAGGCCUAGGUAGAGAGGACCACAAAAGUUGCACAUUGAUUUUCCAGCAU